AAAGAAAGAGGGUUGAGGUAUGACUUCCUACAUCCUUCCUCCCGUGACUGGGAAUAAGUUAUCAUUCUGUCUACAGGUGCUUAUUUUGUAAAAAAGGAAGAACCAGUGCAGGCAUCAUUGAAGAUUUGGAGACAACUUGUACCAUCCGGAUCCCGUGCCCAUCUCAGUGGCACACCCCUAAACUGAAAACUGGCUGAGCUUCGUCUGCGAGUGGCAGAGACCAUGGAGGAGCCCCAUCUGGAGGACCAGCACCACUACGGUGGCUCCCUGUUCCCCAAAUCCACGCUCAUCCCCGUGACCAUCGUCUGCCUCCUGCUGUUCCUGGUGGGGGUGACCGGCAACACCAUGACCAUCCUGAUCAUCCAGCGCUUCAAGGACAUGAAGACCACCACCAACCUCUACCUGUCCAGCAUGGCCGUGUCUGACCUGGUCAUCUUCCUCAGCCUGCCCUUCGACCUGUACCGCCUCUGGAAGUACGUGCCCUGGGUGUUCGGGGAGCUGGUGUGCCGGCUCUCGCACUACAUCAACGAGGGCUGCACCUAUGCCACCAUCCUGCACAUCACCGCCCUCAGCAUGGAGCGCUACCUGGCCAUCUGCUUCCCACUCAAGGCCAAGGUGGUGGUGACCAAGCGGCGGGUCAAGUAUGUCAUCCUGGCACUGUGGGCAUUCGCACUGCUCUCCGCGGCCCCCAUGCUCGUCCUGGUCGGGGUGGAGUACGAAAACGACACGCACCCGGACUACAACACGCGGCAGUGCAAGCACACCAGCUACGCCGUCUCCUCCGGCCUCCUGCACACCAUGAUCUGGGUCUCCACCGCCUACUUCUUCUGCCCCAUGUUCUGCCUCGUCUUCCUCUACGGCUCCAUCGGACGCAAGCUGUGGAAGAGCAAGAACGACCUGCAGGGACCCAACACCAUGGGGAGGGAGAGGUCCAACAAGCAGACCGUCAAAAUCCUGGCGGUGGUAGUGCUCGCCUUCGCCAUCUGCUGGCUGCCCUUCCACAUCGGCCGGAACCUCUUCACCCACGUGGACGACUACUUCACGGCCAAGCUGAGCCAGAACUUCAAUGUGGCCUCCAUGGUGCUCUUCUACCUGAGCGCCUCCAUCAACCCCGUGCUCUACAACCUCAUGUCACGCAAGUACCGGGCCGCCGCCCGCCGGCUCUUCUUUGGCCGCCACCGGCACCACCCCACCAGCCGGAGGCAGAUGUCCACGAGGGACGACAUUGCCACCUGCGACGAGACCCUGACAGGGGUUUAGGGUGUGGAGCGCUCGUUCGCUAAGACCUUCACAGGAGGGUGGGGAGGGAGAAUCAGACAAGGGGUGUAUUACGAUGCAGAGCCCUUCCGUGAUAGAGUAGAAGAGGAAUGGCGGACGGCACGUGCGUACUGUGAAGGAGGAGGAGCAGGAUGGAGCUGGGAUGAAAAGACAAUGGCCCAUUACCAAGAUCUCCAAUCAGGCUGUAGAUGUUGAGGAGGGUAAGAUUAAGAAAAUGAGUGGAAAUGAAAAGAAAUGUUAUAUAUCGAUCAGAAAUAGCCACCAUGAUGUGCAUACGCAUGCGCAUUCCCAAUCGCAGUGAGCCAUACGGACAGACAGAGACACUGUUAAAAUGUACAGUAAAGAUGUGGUCUUUUCACGCUCUUGGUUGUGCAGUUGUUCACGUCAGAAGAUGCUGAUUCUCAAGGUGAACAAACUGGGAAUAUCAAGAAAGUUCCAGUCGUCCAGGCUUGGGACACCCAGAAAGGGCUGACUACCUAAAUGUGAUAUAGAGAGUUGGUGGAAAGAUAUCAGCAAUAUUAGACCCUGACAACUCAACCUCUGAGCACAAACAAUUUUCCCUCCUAAAGUAUGCACAUAUAAUUAAUAGGAUAGUUUGGGGUAAGUUUGUGUCCAGAUGUAAUUAAGUAGAAGAGAGAAGAUUUUGAUGCAUUUGAACAAAUACAUGAUUUUCAGCCAAGAUGAACUAAGACAACGAUUAAGAGAAUGUUAUCUUCAUGGACACGCACAGUGUAACAUCUACAAUGGUUUGUCAGGAAAUGCUGUGGUCAACAGAGAUGAAGUCCUCACUUCAUCGAGAACAUGAUAUACACUUGGGGGCCAGGUAGCAGGAUGAGCCGUGGUCUUCUUUAAGUAACAGUGCUGUGAAAAUACGUGUAUAAAUGUUCAGUGAUUGAAAUUACACUCAGACAGUAUUUCUAAUCUAAGGAUGCAACGUGUUUUAAGAGUCUGCUUUCAGGAAUGCCAGUGAAAAGAGACUAACUGUAUGUCAAGCGUUGUAAAAAGGGGCAGCAGUGUGUUUUAGUGUUAAGGAUCAGGAUUUGUAAUCAA